AUGAAAUCAUUCUUAAGAGCAAUAGUGUCGUCUCCCAAUCAGUCUUUCUAUGACGAACAGUCUAAUAAAAAUUUUGACCUAUCUUAUAUUACUCCGCAGUUGAUCGUUUGCUCUGGUCCUGUCAAUCAUUAUGUGAAGUCGUUUUAUAGAUACCCUAUAAAUGAACUUGUAAAGUUCCUUGAUAGUCGACAUGGACCAGAAUCAAAUGGAGAUUGGCAUAUAUGGAACUUUAGAGGAGAAGGAAUUGGCUAUAUCAAGCAAGACGUGCGAAAUAAAAUCUCAUAUUACCCUUUUCCUGAUCACCAGGUACCAACCAUAAAAUUAUUACUUCACUGCGUAAGAGAGAUUUACGGGUUUUUGUCAAAAUCCCCAGACAAUGUUGCAGUUCUACAUUGCAAAGCAGGAAAGGGUCGCUCAGGAACAAUAUGCUGCGCUUAUUUAAUGUACCAAAGUGUUCUUCAUGAUGACAAUGUAACUCCAGAAAGUGCUAAUCAUUUAUUUACUGAGAAGCGAAUGAAACAAUUUGGCGGCAAAGGGGUUUCUAUUAUAUCUCAGCUACGAUAUUUGAAGUAUUGGGAUGAUUUUAUUCACUUUAAUGAAGACAAUGAACAGAGAUUCUUUGACUUUAAUCCUUCAACGGGAGAGUUGUCUGUACCCUUUGAAUGUCGUCUCACGAUGAUUAAAAUAAAGAACGCUAGCGAUGCUCUAUUGAAGUCUAAAGUUUCGAAUCUUAACUUGAGACUUGAAACAUAUUCGGAAUUAAAGGCUGAUUGUUAUGGGCUUGAAUUGAAAGAGUUCAUCAAUUUGUCCAACAAGACAAAUGUAAUUGUCAAAGGGAGUGAUUUGACUCUUUUGCCGUCAAUAGCGCUAACUAUCAAUAAAAAUAAUAACGAUAUUAGAAUAUCUAUUAAGGAUUGGUGCUACUCGUGGUUCAACGUCUAUUUUGAAACCUUGAACACAAUGAACAUGUCUGAUUCUCUCAGUCCUGAAAGUCGGAGUGAUAGUUCCGAAGAAAAGAAAGCGAUACAAGGAAGUUAUCUUGCAACAUGGGAUUCAUUGGAUGGAUUCAAGGGAUCAUAUCAGCGAGGAUGUAGAUUAUUUGAUAGUGUUGAAGUUUGUUGGGUGUUUAAUUAUUAG